CAGUACCUGGUCGACCGAGUUCCGUUAAGAGGACUUCGAGUCCCAUCUGCAGUGGACCUUGCCUUGGACAAGGGUCUUCUCCCUUGGUUACCUCCUUGCUCGACGCUGGAGUUAAUCCGAGGGGAUCGUCUGAUCCUUCAAUUUACUCGAGUUUGGAACCGAAGUCAGUACUUAAAAUGGCAGUUGAGGCAGGACAGUUUGUUAUUGUGCAAGCUCUCCUGCAGUCGGCUCUCGCAGCACACAAGGGAGAUAUCGACCUCAUAAAUAAGCUUCUAGAAAGAGGCGCAGAUGUCAACAAUGGUCCAGCUGCCUAUGGUGGCAUAACCGCCUUACAAUUCGCGGUCCUGAGUGGGCUUCUGGGAGUUACUCGCAAAUUGCUUGGAGUUGGUGCCAAGGUCAAUGUUAGACGAGCACAAAAAUACGGACGAACAGCAUCAGAAGAUGCUGCAGAGCAUGGACGGAUUGACAUGAAGCGCUCGUUGAAGAAGGACCGAAAGCAAUUCAUCCGGGCUAUCAAGCUGGCUGAACGCAAUGGCCAUCUUGCUGCUUCGCUGUUGUUGAAGACAUUUGGGAUUGGACCGAGUCAGUUGUCAAGACAUAUGAGAGUAAGCUUGAUGACGAUCGUAAGGUUAAGGAGACGUAUGAAGGGAAGAAACAUGACGAUGAUCUGAUUGUGUGACCUUUGCCUAAUAUUGAGCGGGACGGUAGAUUGGAGUGGCUAGCAGACUGGGGACUGUUGCAUAGUACUUCGUUCUUGUACUAUCAUAUAACUAGCUUUU